AUGGAUGUCUCCACGACAUCAGCUGAUGACGUGCUUAAAAAGCGUUAUGCUGAGCUUGCGGAGAAAACAGCUACAGCAAUAGCGAACGAAGGACCACCACCAAACAUCAAUGAUCGACCAGCAAUUCCAAACUCUCUUCCUACAUUGCCACGUUAUGAACCUCCUCCACCACGUCGACCUCAACGUCCACGACCUACGUGUCGUAUGUUUUUUCCAACGUCGGGCCAUCUGGGUUUUGAUACAGUCAAAUUGACUACAGAGCUACCAUCGAUCGAAACAGUUCGUGAAAUGGUCAUAUAUGAAACACGUCUUCGGUUGUCGGAUUCAAUUCAAGAAAUUAUGGAUCAGUACUAUACUGACGAGUGUGCUGUUACUUUCGUUCACGAUCUCAUUCAACAACAUGUAGUAGAACAUUUUGGCUAUCAUGAUGUCAAUGCACUACGCACUGCUUUAUAUCGUUUUCUAAAUGAUCCUGUUAUUCAAGCCGCUUUCUAUGUCAAAUACAACAAGAUUACACAAGGCAUAAUUAACCAAGAUCAAUGUGCUCGUGAUGUCGAUUUGUAUACAACAGAUGGCCAUCCGACUACUCUGUUUUCGCAAAUGUCAUCUGGUCAACCAUUGAUAAUAUUGGCCGGCGCGCUUGUUCGCUCACAUGCGCCCAACGGCAUUCGCCUCUUAGCAAUUUAUAUUGCUGAGGCACAUGCACGGAAUGAGUGGCCUGUAGGAAAGACAAUUUCAUGUAUUGAUCAACCAGCAACGCUAGCAGAACGACUUAAUAAUGCACAACAAUUCAAAAAGAACUUCAAUUUCGAAAUGUCGAUGCUCGUUGACAACAUGGAUAACAUCUUUCAUACUACUUAUGGUUCAUGGCCAUUUCGCUUCUUUGUCAUUUAUGAUGGCAAAUUAGUGUUGAAAGCAGAACCCGAUAAAGAAACAUUUACCUAUGAUAUGAAUGAAAUCGACAACUGGAUUGCUAACUUCUAUCAAUCACGUUCUCAAACUAUUUGA